AUGAUCCCGAGCCCCAUCAAGCCCACCAAGCCCUCUCCUCUGGGCCUCAGCCUCCCGGUCUCCGUUACCAGCCCGUCGGUCAACACCAAGCGCAGUCUGCUCGCGUGCCUCGUCCUGGCCGCGUACAUCGCGUGGUCGCUGGGCGCCUGGGAGGCGAUUCUCGUUGAGAGCGGCCUGCGGCCCAAGCUGCGGCCCGUGCUGCUGCUGGCCGGCGACUCGCUGACCGAAAGGGGCACGAACCCCAAGAUCAACGGCUGGGCCACUCUACUGCAGAACGAGUACACGCGCUCGGCCAACGUCGUGCCCCGCGGCCUCUCGGGCUACAACACUCGAUGGUAUCUCAAGUACGCCAUGCCGGUCAUCCAGGGCGAGAUCAUGAGCGGCAGCUACUCGCCGGCAUUGAUCACGCUGUGGCUCGGAGCCAAUGAUGCCGCUCUACCCAAUGGCAGCAACUCGGAACAGCACGUUCCCAUUGACAUGUACCGCGACAACUUGGUCCGAAUCGUGCGGCAGUUCCAGGCCAUGGCCCCCGAUGCCAGGAUCCUACUCAUCACGCCGCCUCACGUGGACGAUAUGGCCCGCCACCGCCGGGCCAUGAAGAACGAAGUGGACAAGAAGGGCGUGCCCGACCGCACCAACGAGAUGGCCGGCAACUACGCGCAGGUCUGCGUCGCCACCGCGUACAAGCUCGGCCUGCCCGUGGUGGAUUUGUACUCGUAUUUCAACGACAUGCCCAAGUGGAGACGCAACAACCUGCUCGAGGACGGACUGCACCUAAACACGAGGGGCAACAAGCUCAUGUUCGACCAGCUCCUGGACAAGAUCAAGGCCGAGUUCCCCGACGUGGCGCGCAAGCUCGAGCGCUGGCAGCUCCCCAAGUUCGGCCGGUUGGUCGAGAGCGACCCGUGGGCGCCGACGGACGACGCCGACGCCCACAGCACGCGCAGUCUUCGAGACGAUUGA